AUGACUGUGCUUAAGGAUGCUGUGGCAGCAGGACAGGUCUCUGCAGACGCAGGCAGCCCGGCGUUCGCCAGCCGGACCCGCACCGACGGGCAGAUUACCCCGAAAAGCUGCCAGACCGGGAAAAUUUCUACAGCGGAGACGGCAGUACAGUCUCAUACGAGGCGCGAUGCCGGUGUGCAGACAGAUCCAAGUCACGAUGCUGUCCAAGGCUGCCAGCAAGAAGUCCAAGUGGAUUACACUAGUCUUCUGUUGUUCCUUCGGAGAGUGGAAGAUGCUGUUAUCAAAGAGCUAAAUGAAAACUGGAAAAGCCGUGCCUUUGAUGGCUUUGAGGUGAACUGGACAGACCAGAACGAAACAGUGUUGUGUUUGCAUGCGUUGUCGUACCCAGAAGCUCAGGAUCAAAGCCUACAGGUUACCGGUGUCUCGUGGAACGCAACCGGCUCCGUUGUUGCAUGUUCGUAUGGCCGGUUGGAUGAUGGGGACUGGAGCACAGAAAAAUCCUACGUCUGUACCUGGAAUCUGGACAGAAGAGGGUUGAAUCCCCAGUGCCCUGACCUGGUGGUGGAUGUUCCCAGUUCUGUCAUGUGCCUGGCCUUCCACCCCUCCCAGCCUUCACUGAUAGCUGGUGGCCUUUUCAGUGGGGAGCUGGUGGUGUGGGAUACCAGCAGGACAGAAGACCCUGUGGUCUGGAGGACGGGGAUGACAGAUGACACGCACACCGAUCCCGUCUAUCAGGUUAACUGGUUACCUGACGCCCAGCACAGAAACCACGCCCGGCUGCUGAGCGUGUCCACGGAUGGCAAGAUCCUGGUGUGGAGGGAGGAGCGAGACGGUCGGCUGGCCUUGGCCGAAGGAUUCGCCGUGGUGGCUCAGCAGAUCCCUCGCAGCGCUCGGAUGAAGAAGCUCACCUGGGGAGAGGCAGCCGUGGGUGUGACCUCGCUCUCUUUUUCACACUUCGAUCCCCGCGUGUUCGUUGUCGGCGUGGAAGGCGGCUACUCCCUGAAGUGCUCCACGGCAGCAGAGACGCUGGCUCUCCGUCAGAUGGGCAGCUCUGUUCCCCUCAGGGCGCCCGCGGAGCUCGCCUUCUCCCCGCACGCUGGGCCGGUGUACGCCGUGAGCUGCUCGCCCUUCCACAGGAACCUCUUCCUGAGCUGCGGGACUGACGGACAAGUCCACUUGCACUCCAUGUUGCAGACACAACCCCUCGUUUCUCUUCAGUUGUCAAAGAAAUACCUCUUCUGCGUACGCUGGUCUCCAGUUCGCCCACUGGUCUUUGCAGCUGCGUCUGGGGAAGGAGACGUGCACCUGUUUGACUUUGAGAAGAGCUCGCAGAAGCCCACCCUGUCCAUACAGCAGACCGCAGGCGAGCACCCCGUGUACUGUUUAGAAUUCAGCGUCAAGCAAACUCGGCUCUUGGCAGCAGGGGAUGCUACCGGGACCGUCAAAGUCUGGCAGCUGAGCUCUGACUUCACCGAGCAGGGACCCAGGGAAAUGAAUCACCUGGAGCAGCUGGCAAGCGAGGUCGCGGACUAA